GGAUACAUAAAUAGAUGAACUCGAAUUCGAUGACCCCAGGGGAGCUCAUGUGGGGUUCGAAUUCCAGACAGGGACGGGAGAAAACGUCAGAAAUGCAAGUCACCCCAGAUGAUCUGUGUGUCUGCCUAAACCGUUUCAAGUUAGCCCACGGCUAUCACAUCGCGAUGCCCCACUCGAUGACAGCAAAAGAGUCCACUGUUGGAGAAGGAAAAGCAACUCUGGAAUUUAGCUGUGCCGACCCUGUGGAAGAGUGGAAUGCCGGUAGAAUUGAAGACUUGGAAGCUGGAGCUAGCGACGGGCUUCUUUCCUUUGAUCCAGCGGCCAUUUCCGACCUUCAUCCAAUCCCACGGCAUCACCACAACUCCAUCCCACCACAUCCCGUCCGCCUCGACUGCUCCAGCCCGACUCGACUCAGACUUCCACCACUUCCGGCUUAUGGAUCAUACUCCGAGGUGACCAUCCGCAGCUUCCGCUGCCUCAGCAAUACUUUACACCCGACGAGGCCUCAAUCCGUCCCAUUCGCAUUCCACCACCACUGUUCCCGUUUAGAAUAGUAUACAUAGAGCUUCCCGUCUGUCGCCAUGGCUAGCAGAGGGGUCCUCCCCCAAAUCCUCACGGGUCGGCUCAACCCGCGCGCCCCAUCCUUGCUCGCUCGCGCCAGCCCUUUCCGCUCCCAAUCGGCCUUGCCCCCAAGUUCGCUAUACUAUCAGAGACACACUCCCCUAUUACGGCGCAGAUACGCCACGGCACGCGAGAACAACGGCGCGGCCGUUCAGGCGAAGGACGCCAAGGAGAAUGUGGAGCACGAAGACGCCGCAAACGCCGCCGCGGAUGCGGCAUCCAAGGACACAAAGUCCAAGCAGGCCGUUUUAAACGAGGCUUCCAGCUCUUCUGCGUCCUCCAGCACCACAACUCUCCACGAGACGAAUGAUUGGGAGACGAACGUGAACUUGAACAUCGACUCGUUCAAGCAACUACCCCACGCGAAUUUUGGCGUCAACCAGUUCAUUCCCUUCGAUCCCGAGUUCAGGGAGGUCCUUAAGCAAAUACCUUGGGAGUUCCGGGCCCCAAUCCGCUACGCGUUCGCCUACGGCUCUGGCGUCUUCCCGCAAUCCAAGUCUAGUGGCAAAGUGAUUACGGACGAAGAGCUGCGCAAGAUUCACCCCAAGGCGCCCGAAGGCGUCAAGAGAGCUCAGGAUGGAACGCCCAAGAUGAUCGACUUUAUUUUUGGCGUCACCCAUACGCAACAUUGGCAUUCCCUCAACAUGAAGCAGCACCGAGAGCACUACUCGGCAUUGGCGAGCCUGGGCUCGGGUGCGGUCUCCUACGUUCAGGACAAGAUGGGCGCUGGAGUAUACUUUAACCCCUACGUCGUUGUCAAUGGCAUUUUGAUCAAGUAUGGCGUUGUACAACUGGAUACGCUAGAGCGGGAUCUGACCCAGUGGGAUACUCUUUAUCUUGCUGGACGACUGCACAAGCCUGUCAAGAUUCUGCGCGACGAUCCCAAGAUUCGCUUGGCAAACCAGAUCAACCUUCUGUCCGCUCUUCGGACAGCCCUGCUGUUGCUGCCACCCAAGUUCACCGAAGACGAGCUCUUUGCUACUAUUGCUGGCAUCAGCUACCUCGGCGACCCUCGCAUGUCUCUUCCCACUGAGAACCCAAGCAAGGUGAAGAACAUUGUCGGCAACAACAUGACCAACUUCCGCCGCCUGUAUCUUCCUCUGAUUGAGACGCUACCAAACUUGGAGUACAAUGAUGCCGGCGCCACCGAGAGGGAUUGGAUCUGGAAUGACAAGAGCCUCAAUCUCGUGCAAGACAUGGAUCCUGUCAAGCGCGGAAACAUGGUUCGCCGGUUGCCCAAGGCUUUCCGAUCGAAGCUCUACUUCGAGUACCAGAAGAAGUUUGCCAUCCCCCAACUCGACUUUAACAAGAUGAUGGAGGAAAGUCAAAACGAGGACGCCAUUUCGUUCAAGCGUCGCCAGGGUGGAGGCUUCGAGCAGCGCAUUGCCAGCGACGACCCUGCGGAGCUUCGCAAACAGGUCCGGAGCGUCAUCAAGAAGACCAUCAACUGGCCAGCCACCACACAGUCUCUCAAGGGCCCUCUUACCAGCGGUUUCAAGCGCACGAUACGUUACCUCUCGGAAAAGAUGGAUAAGUACCGUCAAGGACGUGACGCCGAAAAGGCCAAGACCGCGACUGCUGAGGAUAAGCCCAGCGAAAGGUCGGAGGUCGACAGCAAGGCAGAGAAGAAGUAGAGCCUCUUCAUGACCAAGGGCACUGACUUGUUUGUGGUUUCUGCCAUGUAUCUGGCUUCAUUGGCUGUAUCAAUAUUGUACGUUUCUGGGGAGGGUGAGUUGGGCAUUCUGUUGUGGCCAGGUUACUAAGCUACUACGAUGAUCGAAAGGCGUGGGGAGGGUUGGGAGCAGCGCGUUCUGUUUUUUCGGUGUAAAACAUUACAUUAUCACGGCAUGGCGGUAUCAUGUCGCAUUGGCGAACCCAAAGUUCCGAAGGGGGGUAAGAAGAUCAAGCAGGCUAGGCGUUCAUGUGGUUUUGGCUUGUCCUUGUCUCCAAGAGACUGUAGAGCAAAAUGAACACUGGUGGGUUGGUUCAAAUAGGGUUGGUGGGCAGCGUAGAUUUAUGCUCAUUGCAUCAUCAGCAAGUAGAAUAGAGUUUUGUACCUCUUUAGGUUUUACCAUGAGGAGCCAGAGUCAUGCUUAUAAACGAUUUUGACUAGG